GAGAUAUAAGGCAGCCGGAAACAAUGCGCCUGCAUCUCGCGCUCCCGCGCGGAUCCCGGGAGCGUCCGGGCCGCCGUGCGCGAGCGAGGGCGGGGGCGCGCGCGCGGGGGGCGCGUUCUUGAGUGCGGGCCGCGCGCUCGGUGGCGCGCAUGUGCCUGUGUGCGGGCUGCCGGGCUGCCCCGAGCCGGCGGGGAGCCGGUCCGCUCCAGGUGGCGGGCGGCCGGAGCGAGGGAGCGGACAUGGACUUCGACUCGUACCAGCACUAUUUCUACGACUAUGACUGCGGGGAAGAUUUCUACCGCUCCACGGCGCCCAGUGAGGACAUCUGGAAGAAAUUCGAGCUGGUGCCGUCGCCCCCCACGUCGCCGCCUUGGGGCUCGGGUCCCGGCGCCGGGGACUCAGCCCCUGGAAUCGGUCCCCCGGAGCCGUGGCCCGGAGGGGGCGCCGGGGACGAGGCGGAAUCCCGGGGCCAUUCGAAAGCUUGGGGCAGGAACUACGCCUCCAUCAUCCGCCGUGACUGCAUGUGGAGCGGCUUCUCCGCCCGGGAACGGCUAGAGAGAGCGGUGAGCGACCGGCUCGCCGCCGGCGCACCCCGGGGGAACCCGCCCAAGGCGCCCGCCGCCCCAGACUGCGCUCCCAGCCUCGAGGCCGGCAACCCGGCUCCCGCUGCCCCCUGUCCGCUGGGCGAGCCCAAGACCCAGGCCUGCUCGGGGUCCGAGAGCCCAAGCGACUCGGAGGGUGAAGAAAUCGAUGUUGUGACAGUGGAGAAGAGACAGUCCCUGGGCGUACGGAAGCCAGUCACCAUCACAGUGCGGGCAGACCCGUUGGACCCCUGCAUGAAACACUUCCACAUCUCCAUCCAUCAGCAGCAGCACAACUAUGCCGCCCGUUUUCCUCCAGAAAGCUGUUCCCAAGGAGGGGCUCCCGAGAGAGGUCCCCAAGAAGAGGCUCUGGAGAAAGAUGCCCCAGAAGAAAAGGAAGAGGAGGUAGAUGAACAGAUUGUGAGUCCCCCACCUGUAGAAAGCGAGGCUCCCCAGUCCUGCCACCCCAAACCUGUCAGUUCUGACACCGAGGACGUGACCAAGAGGAAGAAUCACAACUUCCUGGAGCGCAAACGACGGAAUGACCUCCGUUCUAGGUUCUUGGCCCUGAGAGACCAGGUACCCACCCUGGCCAGCUGCUCCAAGGCCCCCAAAGUGGUGAUCCUGAGUAAGGCCUUGGAAUACUUACAAGCCCUGGUGGGGGCCGAGAAGAGGAUGGCCACGGAGAAAAGGCAGCUCCGAUGUCGGCAGCAGCAACUGCAGAAGAGAAUUGCGUACCUCAGUGGCUACUAAGUGACCAAAAAGCCUGACUGCUCUGUCUUACAAAGACCUGAGUUUAUUUUUUAACCUGCCCUCUCCCCCUUAGUAAUUUGCACAUUUUGGUUACGGUGGGACAGUCUGAACAGUAGAUUCCAGAAUGCAGAACAGCCGGUGCACACACUCUUAAGGGCUUGCAUUCUUGGAAACCUGGGAACCCAGCUCUCCCUCUUCCCUGACUCAGGGGAGCACUGGGUGCUCUCUGGCGCCUUUGGCUUCUCAGGCAGGCAGCUGACUGAGGAGCCUGGGGUGCCUAGCUCACUAGCUCGGAAGAAAAGCCUGACAGAUGCUAUGCAACAGGUGGUGGACGUUGAGGGGGGUGGGUUCCAGCCUGCAUGAAAUCUCACACUCCGGAUGAGCUUUAGGCUGGGAAAGGAUGCUCCCACUGGUGUCUCUGGGGUGAUGCUAGGACAGCUGGGCCCGGACGCUCUCCCUGAGGCUCUUUUUUCCAGGAGACACACGAGCUGUCUUGGGUGAAGACAAGCUCACAGACUUGAUCAACAUGGACCAUUACCUCACUGUCAGACACUUUACAGUAGCUGAGGAGUUGGAAACCUUUAAUAUAUAUGUGUAUAUACAUAUAUAUGUGUAUAUAUAUAUGUAUAUACACAUAUAUACAUAUAUAUAUUGUGAUGUUAGCUGACACCCCUCCUCCCACUCUAAAUGCUGCGACCUUGAGAACAUUUAAAGAGCUUGGCCUCUAGUUUCUUUGUCUCAAAGCCCUCUGGGCCCUUUCCUCUGAGGGAGAAACCAUUCUGUCCUCACAAGGGACUUUUUUGUUUUCUUCUGCCUUUGUUAUGCAAUGGGCUCUCCUGCACCCCUUUCCCACAGGUCAGAAAUAUUUCCCUAAGACACUGGGAAAUGGGUCCUAGCCUGCGGCCUGAGGAAGGCUUGGAGUCCUGGCUGUGAACUUGUGAUCUGCCCAGGUGUUUUCCAUCUUGGAAUCUUUUCUCAAGGCAGAUGUCAGGCACAUCCAGAGGGAGAACUAUACCACUUCCUCUUUCCUACUUCCCUCUCCUCUCAGUCUCUGACUGGUAAGUCUGAAGUUCUACUAGAACCCUGCAAACUGUCCUAGUGCAACUCCCAAAGAGCUUGCUGGCCCUGCACCCACCUUGGGCCCCUUGCCAGCCUGAUAUGAGUCAGAUCUGUUUCCCAGAGUCCAGGCCUUACUGCAGUUCUUGCUGGGAGAGCUGCUGGGACUCAUCCAGUGCUCCAGAAGGUGGACUAGUUUCCUGCUGGGUUCUAAAGGAGCUUCCAGGAGCUCUGCUUCGCUGACCAUGACGGAUUUUGCCCCAGGUGAACAGCCCACCUCCAAGUGGACUCCAGGUGCAGCCUCCAGUUUGGAAAGACCCCUAACCCAACAGGUGUCAUGUGGGCAACUCAGGAGCCCCAAAGCCUAGCCUGGAAGAAAGAUCAACCCCUCCAGAACUCUGCCCAGGGCAGCAGGUGCCUACUGGCUGUGGUUUUGAAAUUGGGGGGGGGGGGGGGGGGGGGGGGCGGGUAGAGCACUGUCUGUGGCUCUGGAAAGCCAGCUGCUACUUCCAAACUUAUUAUGCACAGUGGUCUGUUUCUGAGGUCGUUUUCUGGCCUCAGAGAACCCCAGUGGAAAUUUGGAAAAAAUCUCUCUACCUUCUGGAGUAUGGUUUUCGGGAGCCAACUGUCUUCUGGAACUGUCUUUGGAGAACAGGUGGGACGUAGGUUACUGAUGUAUCACCUGAAUAGCUUGUGUAUAAGCUGCUGUUGGGUAUUAGGCUGGGAGCAGUGGUUUGUUUUAUUGUUUUGUUUUUUUUUUAAUACUGUAUUUUUGUAUGCCUUUUGCAAAGUGGUGUUAAUUGUUUUGUACAAGAAAAAAAACACAAAAAUCUCUUGGGCAAUUCUCCUGUUGCAAGAGUCUGGUUUAUUUUGAAAGGCAAGUUUACCUGAAAUUUUGUAUUUAGUUGUGGUUAUCAAUUGCCUGAUUUUAAAAUGUUGCCUUCUGAGACCUCUGCUAAUAAAAGAUUUCUCAAACAUGUCAGAGUGGGGGCACCUUAUGCCAACCAAGUCCCCCUGAGCCAAGGAAAACAGUUUCGGGGUAACCACCAGCGAUCCAGAGGGUUGCAUUUCUCUAACCAUGUUGCUAACCAGGUCAUUCCACUUCGGGUUCCUGAAAUGCCAUUUCAGACAUGUCUAAACAAUGUAGGUUCGGUCCGUGGUGUAGUCCGUGAACGUGGCAUUCUCUUGUGAAUUGCAAAGAGGGUGGAAUUUGAGCUUCAGAAGGUUUGAAAUCCCAGCUCCACCACUUGCUCUGUGUGCCUUUUAGCUUUACCUUUCUGAGCCCUAGUUUCCUUAUCUGUAAAAUGGGGAUAAAUGCUCCUGCCCAGGGGGGUGACAGGUAUUCAUGAAGUAG